CCGCUCCCGCGGGCACACACGCACGCAGCCGGCGGCGGCGCGGCAGCAGCAGCAAAAGAUGCUCCAGUCGCCAUGGCAGCAGCAGCAGUAAGAAGGGUUCUCUAAAGUUGCCAAGGAACUCUGGGAAAAUGAUUAAUCCCUCCUGCAGUUAUUGAUUGCCUUCCAAACCAGAAGAGAAGGUUCUGGGGGACAGUAAGCUCAGGGGCCCAACAGAAAAGCAGAGGAUGUCGGUGUCAUGUAGGCACUGAAGAGAAAAAAAAAGACCUGUUCACUGAUCUGCAGCUCAAGUGUUUGAUGACAGAAGCCUGGUAUUAUUCCCUGUGAGAACCAGGGCUUUAAUUCUCUUCCCCAUUCCACUUUUCACUCCACCCAUGAAAACUCUUCAUUUAUCCUUUAUUCAUCCAGGACAGUCAAAGCAGAGUGGGGUUCUGUUAAGAGAAGGUAAUUUUUGAGAGAGAGAGAGAGAGAGAUGAAGGGAGCAACAGGAGAAGUGGUAACAGUAAAGAAAGAUACUUCUUCCUUAUCUUGUUUCCUUAAAUUUUAUUAUUUAUUUUAAACAUAUGUCCCCUGCCUCUAUGUACUUGAUGCAGUGUAAACAUUUUAAAAAGGCUAAUUACAACAAUAAUGUAAAACACAACAAGAAAACCAGUAGUGCAAAUAUACCAAACCCCUCAAAAAUAACAGCAAAAAUAUACAAAAAAACCCCCAACAUCUAUAUUUAAAACCACCAGUAAAUUAGUAAUUGCGUAGCCCAGCAAUUCAGCAAAUCAACAUUUACCUACAAAGCCUCUAAAAAUGUGUGUCGCAUUUUAUUACAAAAUUCAGGAGGGAUGUACAUAAACAAUAUUAUCUGGCUUACAGCUAUAAAGAGUUGUAAUGAUCCUUUAUGGAAGGUAUAUAUGUAGUAAUUUUCUAUAAAGCAAAGCAGGACCUUAGUACAUGAUUUUAAAAGACAGGAGGGGAGUUCAUACAGGUUGCAGAAGUAUAGCCUUCUGUCUUGUUUCCCUAGUUUUUAUAUGUUCUGUGCUAUUUUUUCUUUCUGGAAUAAAAUAUAAAUUUAAAAAUAUAAGAGAAAGAGGGAGACAAAAACAAUAAAGAAGAGGGGGUAUGGAUUGAGAGUGAAAAUGCAGAAAAUAGAAAGAGCAAAGGUGGAAGGAAUAACGAGGAAUAGGAUUAAGAUAGUGGAUCCUCCUCAUGGCAGUACCUCCCAGAGUUUUUUCUACAUCUCUCUCCUAUUUCCUUUUGGAGGUAGAUGAGAGAGGAACCACGCUGGCUCCUCUGCAACGACCCUGUGCAUGAUCCUCUGUGCUGUUUCCAGAUCCCAAAGUGGAGGAGGCACAAUGAAUCGUGGGGGAGGCAGCAGCCCCAUGGAGGAACUGUCAAAGGCUACCCUGCACAAUAACUCACUGUGGUGGCUGGCUUGUGGGCUCCUUGCCCUGCUAGCCAACUCCUGGAUAAUCCUGAGCAUCACAGCCAAGCAGCAGAAGCACAAACCACUGGAGUUGCUGCUGUGCUUUCUGGCAGGAACACACAUUCUUAUGGCUGCUGUGCCACUUACCACCUAUGCAGUGGUACAGUUGCGUCGUGAAUCCUCUGACUAUGACUGGAACGAGAGCAUUUGCAAGGUCUUUGUCUCCACCUAUUAUACCUUGGCCCUGGCCACAUGCUUCACUGUGGCCUCCUUGUCUUAUCACCGGAUGUGGAUGGUUAGAUGGCCUGUUAACUACCGCUUGAGCAAUGCCAAGAAGCAGGCCCUGCAUGCCGUGAUGGGCAUCUGGAUGGUGUCCUUCAUUCUCUCCACGUUACCUUCCAUUGGCUGGCACAACAAUGGGGAGCGUUACUAUGCCAGUGGCUGUCAGUUCAUUGUCAGCAAGAUAGGCUUGGGUUUUGGUGUAUGCUUCAGCCUGCUUCUCCUUGGAGGCAUAGCUAUGGGAUUGGUGUGUGUGGGAAUCACUUUCUACCAGACCUUGUGGGCACACCGAAGGCAACACAGAUGCCAUCACCAGAGAGCAGAAGAAGCCGCCUCUUCUUGUCCUUCUUUGGCUCAUAACACUUUCAACGUACCAACUAUCGUGGUAGAGGAUGUCAGAGGCAAAAGACGAUCAUCACUAGAUGGAUCUGAAUCUGCCAAGACUUCCAUGCAGAUGACCAACCUCAUCAGUGCCAUCGUUUUCCUGUAUGACACACUGACUGGGGUGCCCAUUUUGGUGGUGAGCUUCUUCAGUCUACGCUAUGACACUGCUCCCACCUGGAUGGUGCUGGCUGUGCUCUGGUGCUCCAUGGUGCAAACGUUACUACUCCCAUCUUUCAUCUGGUCCUGCGAACGUUACCGAGCUGAUGUCCGUACUGUGUGGGAACAAUGUGUGGCAAUAAUGUCAGAAGAAGAUGGGGAUGAUGAUGGCACAGGUGAUGAUUACAGUGAUGGGAGGAUCUGCAAAGUGCGAUUCGAUGCCAAUGGUGCUGCAUCUAUGAAACGGGAUCCCAGGGAUGCUAAGUUGCUGCCGGUGCACCACAUGCUGUUGCCCCAUGACAGGGUGCAUUAUCUGCAGGUCCCUAUCUCCCGGAGGAUGUCCCAUGAUGAAACCAACAUCUUCUCCUCCCACCGCUCCUCACCCUCCUUCCUUCACAAGUGGUCCUCAUCCGAUGACAUCCGUGUGCCUACCCCUCACAAACAUGGAGGUGUCCCUAGCUUCCUGCCUCCAGAAUUUCGCAGCUACCAUCACCGCCGACGGCCUCCUGAAGAUGAUUUCACCACGCUUCGUCAGUUCCUGGAAGCUGGACUGGCUGCCCGUGGACCUGGCCCUGGUUCUAAUGCCUGCUUCUUCCGUGAUGAGAUUACCACCUUCAUUGAUGAAACACCAAUGCCCUCUCCACUCAGCAGUCCACGCCAUUCACGCCUCCCAUUCACAGUGCAGCAUGAGAGGCACCGCUCCCCGAGUGGGGCUGAGCAAGAAGAUGGUCCCGAGAGGGAUUGGCAGUGUUCACUGACUGGUGAUGGAAACCUAUGCCUCUGCAGUGGAGAGCAGGAGCCCGGAAAUCGGACCAUGGCAGCUCAGGAAGUGCAGACCUUCCAGCUCAGCCUAUGAAAUGGCAUCAAAAGCAUUUGCUGUGCUUUGGCUUUUUAAGCAAAACUCGACAUGUCUCCCCAAUCCCAGGACCCAAGGGAUAUUUUAGGUCCUCAUGUUUUUCACCAUCUUGGCAGAGGAGGGGAAUGGUGCCCAUUGUGGGUCCUGAUGUGGUGGGGAAGAAAGAAGUAUGUGGGGAGGGAGAAUUGGUGUUGUCUGAAGGAACCACAGUGCCCUGCUAUCAGAUGACAAAGGACAGCACAGGCCACCACAGUUCAUUGAGGGCACUUUCCAGCUCCAUCCUCUUGGUAGCCUUGUUAGUGCCACCCAUCCCUCCCCUUUCUUAGCUCCACCUAUUAUGAGAAACGUUAAUCGGUUGCCAAGUGUGGGACAGGAAGGUAUUAAAAAAUCUAUC